AUGCUGGUCACCGUCUUGCGUCGGUCUGCUCUCAGCGCGCGUAGGCUUGCGUAUAGAAGACUGAUACACGCGAGCGCCGAUGCUGAAGCUUACCUCGAACCUAUAAAGUCUCACCCAGGCGUAACGUGUCUCCUGUUCAACAGGCCGAAGGCAAGGAACGCCAUUUCGCUGAGGCUCUUGAAGGAGUUUCGUGGAUGUCUCGACACGGUGCAGUUUGACAACAGCGUCCGCGUACUCAUCGUUCGUUCAUCUACUCCUGGCUCUUUCUGCGCGGGGGCAGACCUGAUCGAGCGGCGCUCAAUGACAAAGCCCCAGGUGGAUAAGUUCCUCGUGGAUCUGCGCGGCGCGCUCGGGACGCUCGAGAGCCUGCCUAUGCCUACCAUCGCUGCCAUCGACGGGCCUGCGUUAGGAGGUGGUCUUGAGCUUGCCCUCGCAUGCGAUCUUAGGGUCGCUGGACAUACAGUGACCAAGAUUGGGUUGCCAGAGACGCGCUUAGGGAUCAUUCCCGGUGCAGGUGGUACGCAGCGUAUCACGCGUUUACUCGGGGUGUCGAAGGCGAAGAGUCUCAUCUUUACUGCUCGCACCUUGUCUGGCCCUGAAGCGGAGGCCUGCGGCCUUGUCGAUUACGUUUCUGCCCCCGAUGCGACGGCGUUCGAUCGCUCACUACUGUUGGCGGAGGAGAUCAGUGCGAACGCACCUCUGGCGCUUCGAGCUGCGAAGCAGGCAAUCUCGCGUGCGCCGGAGCUUGGGUUGGAAUCAGGUCUCGACUUCGAGCGAGCUUCGUACGAACCCCUCUUGAAGAGCAAGGAUCGGACAGAAGCAUUGGAAGCAUUCAGGGAGAAACGGCCCCCUGUUUUUAAAGGGGAAUAA